GCACCCCGUGGGUGCCCUUGAAAGAAGCUCCCAGUCUGGAGGAGGGAGCCAGUUCAAGUCCCUGGGACAGAACCAUUCCCAACCUUUAAAGUUUAUGGCCGGGUGUUACCCAGAAUGUGCUUUUUUUCCUCUCGGAUCCUUUUUGUUUCCUCCGUUUUAGAACAAAGGUUGAGGAUUCCCCCCGCCCCGCUGUUAGAGGACUUGAGAGGGAUUCCAGUUUUUCCUUUGAAUGUAAGGAUAGUGGAUUUUCGAGGAACUCCUCGCCUCCAAAUAGGGGAAUAGGUCACUCCCGACGCUUUCGAAAGACCUUGAGUCACGAUGCUCCCUUCUGUAGCUGUGCAUCCCACGCUAGUGGCACUUGUGAAAAUCUGCCCCUUCAACUUAUGCUAUUGGGAGGAAGUUAAUUUUAUUACGAUGUGGUGAAAGUCAUAAUGCCUGGAGGCAGAAUUUUCCCAAGAGAGCUACCCUUCCCCUUCCGUUACUUAAAUAGAUGCUACUGAGCACAGCGGAGUGCUACGCUUAGUUCUCCAUUUGGCCGGGGGAGCAGUAGAGCUUCCCUUUCGGGCCUUUGCAAGUUCGUGCAUGUCCAGAGAGGUAGAGCCUAUGUCCUGGUCCGAAAUCAUCGACAGGAGAGAGAGAGAACGCGGGGGCUCAGAUUUAAGAGAUCCUCCGCGUCUUUUUCCUGUCGUAGAGAGCACAGCGCUCAGACACCCCAACAGUGAGGCGCAAGGGGAAUAAAUAGGGAGUGUUCCCAGCCCAUUCCGUUGGGUCCAGGCCAGCAACCUCCAUGUCCAUGAGACCGCCGUCAUCCCGUCAGAGUUGCUGCCACUGCCGCUACUUCCUUCUCCUUCACCGGCAGCCACCGACCAAGGCGCCACCCUCUGCUGCUAAGACCAUCGGGACCACUUCUCUGGGCCCUCCUGUUCCCCUUCUUCUGCGCAGCAGAAGGAAAAGACUACAGAUUUCUGUGUGAAGAGAAUGGCUAUAACUGUGGAGAAGGCCCAAAGGGCAGGCUAUAUAUUUCUGAAGGCACUGUUAAGAUUUAGCUUCAUGGUUGCUAAUAACCUUGUUGCUAUUCCGUCCUAUGUUCUGUACUUAAUAGUACUGCAACCUCUUCGAUUGUUGGAUAGUAAAUUGUUUUGGUAUAUCGAAGGAGUAUUAUUUAAAUGGCUUUUAGCCAUGGUGGCAUCCUGGGGCUGGUGGGCAGGAUAUACAGUCAUGGAGUGGGGAGAUGAUGUUAGAACAAUUUCAGAAGAUGGAGCUGUGAUGCUGGUGAACCAUCAAGCAACAGGCGAUAUUUGCACUCUAAUGAUGUGCCUUCAAGACAAAGGCACGGUUGUUCGUCAGAUGAUAUGGCUGAUGGAUCAUAUUUUUAAAUACACAAAUUUUGGAAUUGUAUCUCUGAUUCAUGGAGACUUCUUUAUAAGACAGGGAAAAGCUUAUCGUGACCAGCAGCUUGUGCUUCUCCAUGAACAUCUAGAAAAAUAUUACAGGAGCCGGGAUCGCAAGUGGAUUGUAUUGUUUCCAGAAGGUGGUUUUCUUAGAAAAAGAAGAGAAAUCAGUCAGGUGUUCGCCAAGAAAAACAAUUUGCCAUUUCUUACACAUGUUACAUUGCCAAGACUAGGAGCCACACAAGUUAUAUUGAAAAAUCUUGUAGCUCAGCAAGAAAAUGGAACUUUGGCAGGUGAACAGGUUGCUGUAUCAGAAAAUAAAUCAAAAGGUCUUCAGUGGGUGAUAGAUACAACUAUUGCAUAUCCCAAAGCUAAUCCCAUAGACAUUCAGACGUGGAUUCUUGGCUACAGACGGCCAACAAUUACUCAUGUACAUUACAGAAUUUUUCCAAUUAAGGAAGUGCCCAUUGAUCCUGAAGCCCUCACUGUUUGGUUAUAUCAACGGUUCAUUGAAAAGGAGGGUCUCUUGUCACACUUUUACAAGACAGGAAUGUUCCCUCCUUUGCAUGGACAGACAGAAGUUGUUUCCCGGGAGAUGACCCUUAGCAAUUUGUGGCUAAUUCUUGUGCAGUUAUUUGCAUUUUUGUCGGGUGGUAUGUGGUACUGCAUUCUUCAGUAUUUUUAUGAAUGCCUAUUUUAAAAGGUGAAUGAAUGGGACACAAGGACACAAUGAGGAACUUGGUACUUCACAGAAUGCAUCAUGUUAUGUGUUCAAAUAUGAAUAUGCCAGUAGAAAGGAACAUACUGGAUGGACUUUCUCUCCUUUUGGGGGAGGAUUUUAAACUCCACUAGAAGAAAGGCUCAACAAUAUAAUGACCGAAUGAUGAUAUAUUUUAAGAACUGUCCGUAUUUUUAAAAGGUGUGACCCCAGGACACCUAUGUCAGCAAAUUCAGCAUUUGAACAGGAGAUACAGUUAUACACCAUCAGAGGUGAAUAUCUGUAGCAGAGAAUGCUUUUAUCACAGGUAGUAUUCAGCACUGUAGUUAAAACUCCGAAUCUUCAGCAACUCUUUCUUAAGUAGUCUGUACUGCAAGUCUUGUGGUAGAGAUCCUUCAUCUGCACAACUCAAAUUGUAUUGUAAUUAAUUAUGCUGAAUCUGUUUAACAUAUUCCACAGUCCUGGCUAUGGUAUUGUGACGUUCCCAUGAUACCUGUUUAGUAGGGUUUUUUUUCGUUUUUCUUUUUAAAAAAAUUCUGUUGAACACAAUCUCAGUGAAAUCUUUUACUGUAACCCAAGAAAAGGAAAAGUACACUGCAAAAAGCAUUGCAGUGUCAUGAAGUGUUGAAAAAAUUGUGCAUACCUCAUAGACCAAUCUAUUCUUACCAUGUUUUCUGUUGCUUGAACCUCUUGUGAAUAUCCUCUUGAAAGGGUGCUUCAGAAAUGGAAUGUCAUUAACCUGUUUCCUAUUGUUAUUAUAGAAUGCAUUUUGUGUAUGUACCUUCUCUCGCGCGCGUGCUCUCCUUCCUUCCUUCCUUCCUUCCUUCCUUCCUUCCUUCCUUCCUCUUCCACAAAAGUCACUUUUAAAAAGUGAUGAGAAGGAGCAUAGCUAGAAAGAAAUGUAGAUGCUGUUCCUAACAGCUUGUAUUUUGAGGGCUAUUAGCAGUUCAGAGAGGUCUGGAUUUUCAGCAUUGAAGUACAUGAGUUGCCACAGACUUGGCAGAAUCAUAUUUUUUUGUAAUUUUUAAUCUUCAGAGAGGCCUUUAUUUUUGUCUGACAAGCACCGGGAAUGCAUGUGAGACAGUUUCUGUACAUAUAUGCCAAGCACCUAGAUGCUUUGCUUAUAGGAAAAAUAAGAGGAAUUUCGCUUAAUCACCAAACAGAAUACCUAGUCAUUGAGCAAAACAAUAGGAAGAUAAUCUGCUUUAUAAUCCAGAGCUGUUGUAAAAUUCUCUGAACUGUAAAGGGCAUUACUCAAUCUGUCAUCUUGCUGAAAUAUGUCACUCAUAGAAAGGGAGUUUAACUAAAGAGGCAGUUUGGCACUAAAACAGGGUUCCAGGUGAUCAUAUUACAGUUUUAUAAUAACUUUGAAGGAAAUGAUUCUGUGUUAUUAUCACUCUUUGAAUGCUUGGCCUUGACUAUAUGACUGCAUCGUUAUAUACAAAACCAUUCCUAGAGACCAGUUUCUAGUUUACACGUUCAGGCCUGUACACUAAUUACCAAAUGUUGUCUUUUAUGGACUGUAACUUUUUUUCUAAGAGCAAAGCCAAGCCAACAACAGUUGUCUGCGCUGAGUUUGAGAUAUAUAUUCUCUUGUUUUUGUUUUGUUUUUGUUUUCCCAAAUUACAUGAGAACCAGCUUUGGUGAGUAGUAUAUAAAAUAAAGAUAUAAAACCACAUUA